AUGUUUUCUUCGACGUUUUUGGUUUCAAAAUCUUCUAAGUCGAUCUGUAGAGUUAUACCUUCUCAACACCUUACUGUUCGUUUUCUCAACAAUCAACUUGGUGGCUCUUUAGGAUCGCCAUCAACAUCCCCAUUGUCUUCUUCUUCGUCGAUCACAACUCAACAAACUGGCUGCGGAGGCGAGAAUAGAAGAAACUUUGUAUUUGAGUUCUUGAUCAAAUUGAUUUCUUCAGGGAUAUUGAUUGGCGGAGUGGGAUCACUUCUCAGCUCCAAUUCUUCCACGUCCAAUUCGCAUUUAUCGUUUGCUGAAUUCCCUAAAGAAACAACAUGGACAACAGUGAAAGAAGAUCAAUUCCAAUACCCAUCACCAAAUCAAAAUAUAAAUGCAAAGAAGAAAUCCAAAUUUCUAUUUGGAGAUGAUUAUAGGAGAAGGGUGUUUUUCAACUAUGAAAAACGUAUAAGAAUCCAAAGUCCUCCUGAGAAGGUGUUUGAAUAUUUUGCCUCUAUUCACACACCUGAAGGGGAAAUAUAUAUGAGACCAUCAGAUCUGAUGAGGGCCAUUGUUCCUGUAUUUCCUCCAUCUGAGUCCAAUCGUGUUAGAGAAGGCUUUCUAAGAGGAGAAAGAAGAAUUUCUGGAGAACUAUGUUGUGCUCCUUCCAAGUUUUUCAUGCUUUUCGACACCAACAAUGAUGGCCUCAUCUCUUUUGCAGAGUACAUCUUUUUCGUCACACUUCUCAGCAUACCAGAAUCCAGCUUUUCAGUGGCUUUCAAAAUGUUUGACAUUGAUAACAAUGGUGAAAUAGACAGGGAGGAGUUCAAGAAAGUGAUGGGUUUGAUGAGAAAACAGAACAGACAGGGAGCUCACCACAGAGAUGGAAGAAGGUUUGGGAUGAAAGUUAGUGUUGAAAAUGGUGGUUUAGUAGAAUACUUCUUUGGUGAAGACGGAAAAGGCUCACUUCACCAUGACAAAUUUGUCCAAUUCCUUAGACAACUUCAUGAAGAGAUACUUAUACUAGAGUUUUCACAUUACGACUUCAAAUCACAAGGAAGCAUAUCAGUCAAAGACUUUGCACUAUCAAUAGUUGCUUCAGCAGAUAUAAAUCACAUAGACAAACUACUGGACAGAGUUGAAGCAUUAAACAAAGAACCCCAUUUCAAAAACAUCAGAAUCACAUAUGAAGAAUUCAAAGACUUUGCAGAGCUACGCAAGAAAUUAGAAUCCUUCUCUUUGGCUAUUUUCAGCUAUGGUAAAGUAAAUGGAGAAUUAACAAAACAAGAUUUCCAACGAGCAGCUUCCCAAGUGUGUGGAGUUUCAAUCACUAAGAAUGUUGUUGACAUAAUAUUUCACAUAUUUGAUGCAAAUGAAGAUGGGGAUUUAAGCUCAGAUGAGUUCGUAAGAGUCAUACAGAGAAGAGAAGUAAAUUCUUCACAACCUGCUGUUGGUGUUGGAGGACUACUGUCUUGUUGGUUUAGCUGUGCAGCUAAAUGUUCUUCCGCAAAGCUCUUUGUUCGCAGCUGAAGAAUUUGUUGCCCUAAUGAUGUUCCUGUAAACAUGUAAAUUUUCCGACAUGCUGAUAUACUUUCUAGUGGACUAUGUUCUUUAGGGAUAUAUUCAUUUACAAGAUUGAUCUUCGAUUUUAAGUUCAAUCAAAAUAAAUAAAUUACAAAA